AUGGCAUCAAGCUCAUUCAAGCUGUCCUUUCUAUUGUUACUAGCCAUUUUCAUUUGUUCCAAUGCUGUUGAACUUGGCCAGCUCAAAGAAACAAGCAUGACCCUCUACUUUCAAGACUGGUUUGGCGGGCCGAACCCGACACUUAUCCAGAUCACGGGCCGGUCUGAUGGGUUCAUGAGCUACGAGAAAUUUGGAACAGUGUUUGUGACAGAUGAUCCGGUAACAAUAGGCUUCGACGGAAGCUCAGCCCAAGUUGCACGGGCCCAAGGGAUGUAUGUGACAUCGGCAUUGGAUGGGUCUAUUUCACAUGUUAUGAUAUCACUUGUGUUCACCAAUGAAGAGUACAAGGGCAGCACACUGCAAAUACAAGGUGCUAGUCCUCAGUUUGAGAGGGUGAGAGAGGUGGCGGUCGUGAGCGGCACGGGGAAAUUCCGAUUGGGCCGCGGCCACGCUACCUUCGAGACAAUUCAUAUUGAUGUGGAAAAGUCUUAUUGCGUAAUUCAGAGCAACGUUACCGUCUUACAUUAUUGA